CCCCCCCCCCCCAUACCUGUCUGACCUCAUUCACAUUAUCCCUCCCAUCCGUUCCCUCAGAUCCUCUAUAUCACUCUCUGUCCCACCUCUCCGUCAGCACUAUGGGGAGCAGAGCCUUCAGCAGCUCUGCUCCCCAUCUCUGGAAUUCUCUCCCUCACGCCAUCCGUAACUCUGACUCGUCUCCUUUAAGUCUGGACUCAAACCCGCCUGUUUCAGACUGCGUACUGCUAGUGUCACCUUUUCCAUCUUCGUUGAUUUUAUGCUCUAGUUUGUAUUCUUAGGCUUCUGUGUGUGUGAUUUUUCACGUUUUUAACUUGGUUUUUUUGUUAUUUUAUUGCUGUAAAGUGUCCUUGUGUCCCAUGAAAGGCGCUUUUAAAUAAAAUGCAUUAUUAUUAUUAUUAUUAUUUAUUCGAAGUGCGGUGUUCUGACCACAGAGGGUGGCGGAGGUCUGUGGCCUUUAACCCUGAAAAGGGACGUUUCAGCACAGACUGCCUCAAGAAAAAAGUUGCGUAGUUUCCCUUUAAAAGUGAUGGAACCAAAUGUUUUAUCCUGAAGAUGACUUUAGUUUAUAAAUAUAAAUAUUCUUUGGUUCUGAGUCAGAAGGUCGAUGUUAAAAACCCAAAACUGAUGUUGAGGGGUGGAAAUGCGUCCAAGGGGUGUGCAGAGUGUGGCCCGGGGGCCAUUUGUGGCCCUUUUUAGUGGCCGCUCUGCUGUCAUUAAAUAACAGAAUGUUACGUUUUCACAAAUUAGAUCUUUUAUUUAUUUAUUUUUACUAAUGUCAGACCAAACACAGAUGAAUUUACAUGAUUUUUCAUUCUAAAAGUUGUUUUUUUUUUAAUGAAAAAAAAUCCGCUUGAAAUAUUUGUGGCCCACAUCUCAAAGGUUUCUUUUGUUUUCCUGCCAUCAGUGCGCUUCCAUAGAUCGUAUCCCAUAGGGGACAGCAGUAGCUCAGGGGGCAGAGCGGUUUGUUGGAAGGUUGCAGGUUUGAUCCCGGCUCCGACCAGAGAAUGCUGCUGUUGUGUCCUUGGGCAAGCCACUUAACCCACCUUGCCUGCUGGUUGGUGGUCGGAGGGACCGGUGGCGCCUGUGGCAACAUCGUAGCUCAUCCCCACCAGCGGGAGAACAGGUGAAUAACUUGUGAAGCGCCUUGGGGGGCUGUAGAUAGCUCUAUACAAAUACAGACACGCUUUAAAGACCUGCGGAUACCCGACAUGGGAAAUAAACAAAGGAAAACAACAACUUAAAGAAAAAUCAACCCAAGCAAAGAACCAGAAACCCAGAAAGACAAGAACCAGAACCAGUGAUAACCCUACCAUACAUCAGAGGCAUGACAGAAAAAAUAAGAGCAACAAUGAAAAACACAACAUAAACACACCAACAAAACCAUACACAACAGUUAGAAACAGACUAGUGCACCCAAAAGACAAAAUACCAGCUGGACUUAAAUGUGGAGUCGUUUACGAAAUCCCAUGCAAACUCUGCAAUAAAACAUACAUAGGAGAAACCAGACGCCAACUCAACACACGAACAAUAGAACAUAGAAAGGAGUGCGAGAAAGAGGCAAAUCGAAAACACACAAGAGCAGCAAAAGAAGAAGCAGAAAGCACAAUAAAGAAGUCAGCCGUAACAGAUAACUGCACAAGAGAAAACCGUGUAAUGGACUGGGACAGCACAAGGAUCAUAAACACGAACAGCAGAAAUACAAAAGAUGGAUAAAAGAAGCUAUCGAGAUAAGGAGACGUGGAUGUGGGACCAUGAACAGGGACGAUGGAGUUUACACGUUGGGUCGUGCAUGGGACUGCAUCGUCGGAGAGGGGAGAGCGGACAGCAGAGGGCGACAACGUCCUCUGCUGCCCGCGGAUAAAAGGAGAAGGAAGUGACGCCACCAUCAGCGUCAGCCUGAGGAAGUUUUGCUGUCGGCAAACGAAACGUUAGCAAGGUAAAGAGAAACCUUUCCUGUGUUUGAAAAAGAACCAAAAAUGGAACACAUUAAAAUAGAAACUCUACUCAGUUAUAACUCGUAUACGAAGCUCGAAUUGGGUGUUCUUUGGGGUUUUAUAAAAAAUAUAAUCUUGGUGACCUCACAACCUCAACAGACCCUCAGAGGGUCACAGACCCCGGGCUGGGACCCACUGGUCUAACUCUUAUUGGGUACAGGAUCUCUGAAUCUGCUCAGCAUUCAAACAGCGUUUCAGCUCUAAUGCGAUUGUUUUUUAUAAUAUUUGCUUUAUUCAAACUUUCUCCUAUAAAUGAGCCACAGUUUCUUUUUGGUGGGAGGAAGUAAAACGUGUAAAAAGCUCUGAAGUUACUUCCUGAGCAGCGAAGCCUGGGAGGUCUGCUGCAGUCGUGUCACCGUGAGCAGAAACCAGAGGCACCAGCUGCGCUUUUUACCACCAGCUGAUCUGUUUGUGACCUUUAGGACCUAAAAAAUGCACUUUUGGUCUUAUAAACUUCCUCUGAUCAUCUGGACCCUGAUGAACUUCCUCCCUCUGUCUUCCUUUGAACUGACGGUGAAAAACACUCAGCUGAAGCCAUGUAAGACAAACAAGCGUUUGUGUGUGACCAACCCUGGAGACUGUGACCUUCGACCUCCUUUAUCUUUACAGAGGACGCUCAACGUGUCCUGUUCCUACCAGAUCACAAACGUAGGCAGUUCUGUGUCAUGUGACUGGGGUCAGGGGUCAGACCUUCAGACAGACGCCUCUCUGAUCUUCAGCAGCCAGAAUCGCGUCUUCCACUGUGGGUCCAUCUUUAACCCAGCGGCCGGCCUCAAUGUGACGGUCAGGGUGAAGGACUUCAGGACUGGGCUGGAGGUCUGGUCUCAGCCUCACACGGUCCAUCUGUGGAAUGCAUACAAACCGUCUCGGCCUUCGGGUGUUUCUGUUCUUGGCUCCACCGAAGACUCUCUUGUUGUUUCAUUUUCAUGGUACAGCAGCCAUGAUGGCCGCUGCCGGCUUCGCCACAGACCCAGCAGCACUCACAUGUGGACCCAUGUUGCAGAUUCUUUCCCUGCACCUGCAAGUCAUAAUCUGACGUACACGAUCAGAAACCUCCUGCCAUUUAAGGUUUAUAGAGCAUCGGUGGCCUGCAGAGGGACGAACGGCAUCUGGAGCGACUGGAGCUCUGACGCAAACGGAAGGACUCUGGACAGGAAACCUUCCAGGCCCUCCGUGGUUUGCUACAGGGUGGAGAAAACGGUUUCCUCCACACCUCUUCUCCAUCUCAAAUGGAAGGCUCCUGAGCCUGAUGAGACUGGGGGUCGUAUCCUUGGUUACCAGGUGAGCGUCCAUCCAAACGAGAAGAUCCAAAACCUCACGGAGACGGAGGCAGUCCUGGAGGUGCAGGAGGGGAACUCCAGCGCGACGGUCCGGGCCUUCAACACGGCCGGAUUGGGAGCCGCUGCACUUCUUAACAUCACUGCUGAAAAGCGCGUCACUCUCCCCUCUGUGAGAAACCUGUGGAUUUCCAGCUUAUUUCCAGGAAACCAAUCCCUUCUGGUCCAGUGGACGUUUCCCUCGUCUUCGUCCUCUUCGCCCAUCAGUCACGUUUCUGUGGAGUGGAGGGAGGAGAAGCGUCCCUCCGCCAGCCGCUGGUCCAGAUUGGACAGCGCCGUCACCUCCGCCGUCAUCCGAGAUGUGGACCCUGAUGAGUCCUACCUGGUGAGCGUAUUUCCUGUGUUCCACCAGCAGUGUGGACCUCCUCAGGCUCUGGCAGCCAGCCUGCAGCUGGGAGCUCUGAUGGAGGCCGUCGAUCUGAAGGUCGUCGGCACGAAUAAAACGGCGGUGACCAUAAUGUGGGCAUGGCAACGGAAGUCUAAGCCAAUCAGAGUGAAGGGAUACAGAGUGAUGCUGAGGAGCGACUCGGACACACGGACUGUGCCUUUAUGGCCGGACCAGCGGCAGCACACCUUCUUCAACCUGACGCCCAACACCGAGUACUCGCUUCUCUUGUUGGCCGACGGCGCUGCGAAAAGCACCGUUACCGUGACAACGCAUUAUGACGAGGUUCCUGUGGUGGCGACGGCGGCUCCGGUCCUGCUGCUGGCCGUCGCCGUCAUCGUCAUCUCCAUCCUGUCGCGGACCGCAUACAAGUCACACUUCUUCCCACCCGUCUCCAGCCCACGACUCAGCACCACGGGCCAGUGGCUGAUGAGCCCAGAACCAAAGAAACGCUUCGAGAGGAGCAUCCUGAAGAUCAGAGACUUUGAGGUAACGGAUGUUGUUGGAAACAAGAGCCUCAUCCUCCUCAGCCCAAAGAGUCGGACUUCAUCAGAAGACUCGUCUCUCCUGUCAACCAGCAGCCCCGGUAAGACGUCACACGUCGGUCCAGAUGUGGCUUUUGAGACCGGACCGAUCACAGAUGAGCCGUCUUAUCGUCACGGUGACGGGGUUUAUGCUGCACGGGACAGCCUGCGCGACGAUAACUGCUGCUCUCCUCAGAAAGGAGGAGACAUCGAUCAGAGGGAGGCGGCAGAGAAAAUUCAACUGCAAGAAUUCAGCUUCCUGACCGACUUUCUGAGAAACCCCGUUCCUGAGGUGGCGACCAGACUCACAGGCGGCUCUUAUCUGAUCUGUGAGAUGGACUAUUUGGCAAAUGGCUGCAUCAGGCCAGAAGCCGCCGAAACCACAACAUGAAACAGGCUCGGUUAUUUAUGAACUCAGAGAUGCUGCUCCCCUGUGGUUGUGAUAUUAACUACAACCUGUGUUGUUAUAAAGUUGUUUUUUAUUUCUGGUGUUAACUUGUUUAAGUGCACUCCUCGCUGUGGUUUGUUUGAUCUGAUAUCUGAUCAUUCCGGAACCGCGCUGCUCUGGGUGGCUGCAUGUUGGAGUAGCUUUGUUGACUAGAUGUAAGUUUUGCCUUUUUUUGGACAUUUCUUCUAGUUUAUCAAGAAAAACUGUAUUUUUUUGACAUUUUACUUUUCUGUGUCUGGUGCUGUGAAGCUUGGAGGAUUUUUACUGCUAUUUUUUCACUUUUUGAGCAUUUGUUAUGAUGCGUAACCAUGGCAACAAGCUGGUUUACAAUCGGGAGCAGCUGGUUAGCAUUGGAAAGGCUGAAAUAAUACCUCAACUGAAGCCACAAAUCCCAAAUGAGCUAAAACGCAAGAAGCGUGUGUUGAGGGUCUGACCUCAUGAGGAAAUUACUAUGCAGUGAUUUUCUCCAAAAUGACUGUGCUUAAAUUGCUCUGAAAAGCAAAUAAUCACAUCAGCGCCAAGAAACUUCAUUUCCCAUGAUGCUUUGCACACGGAAGCAUUGGGAUGAUGUCACCGCCUAGUACCAGAAACACGUUCUGCGCAUGUGCGGGAAGCCGUGGAGCUUUCCCCGCGAACUAAGACCAUAAAUCUUCAGCAGAGACAAAGAAACCUCGUUCUUUUGCCCAGGAUACCUGGCGGUGAGGACACGCUUGUCGAACGCUCCGACUUCUUUGAGCACGCGGAAGCUCUAAGAGCCAAGUUGAGCCCACGGGACCGCUGAUCUGCUCGUUUCUGCUCCCCUCCAGCUGAUGUUUGAGGACACAGAACUGCGGAGGGAAACAACAACUCCAUCCAGCUCUCAGAAACGCUGUAAGUUGUCAAACUCAGCCCAAAAGGAACUUCGUUUUCUUUGUGUCCAGCCGUGGAGAAACACUCGUGGAGCCAAACAACGGAGAAAGCAUCAAACCGGCGGAUGACGCUGAAAGCUGCGGAGAAACACGGAGAACCGUCAAAUCAAAACAGUGAGGGACGCUUCACUGUUCUGGUGAUCAGAAACUCAUCUCUUUCUCUCAUUCUUUCCUUCUCCCGUUUCCUCUAUAGUCUCGAAUAAGCAAUAAACCGCGUCUAUUGCUUAAAAAGUAGCUUCGUGUUUUCCUCUUUCGUCCCAAACACGUCCGUCGGGUCAUUUUGAAGAAUAAACUGCUUAUUAAUCAUUGUUUGGUAUCUUUAAAUGUUCGGCCAUGGCCAGGCUGAUAAACUAAGGAUAUUAACUCGUGAUUAAUCUUUUGUGUUGUUGCAUGAUCCUUUGAAAUGUUUUGAGUGAUUUAAGGUUAAGUUACUACUGAUUCUAAGUGCUUUGGAAGUUAAAGUGCAAGUUGCCACCCACACUUUAGCCAGACAAAGGAGUCAGCCAUCUUGUAGUCAAGACUCCAUUUUGAAUCCAUACACACGCACACACACUACUCCUUUGUGAGAACAAAGGACCCCAUUCCUACAUCCUACAUACACACAAAACACCUUGAACAUUAUUUUGAAUAUACAUCCUUUUAUUAUAUCACAUGGUUAUUAUUCAUUUAUGCCACUGUUUAUUCAUUUGACAAAUUGUUAAUUAAACGUUAUAAAAUUCA